AUGGAAUCUUCUUUUCGCGAACAUCGUCGUGACUUGCGCCAAGUAGCCUUGGUUAUCCUCGAUGGAGUAGAAAUCAAUGCAAAGAACAAGCAAGAAAGCAUCAAAACCGGCGUUGGAAUUUUGGACUUGAUCGAAAAUCACAGCAUCAUUGGACUCGCAAGAGAACAUAUUGGUACCUGGGCCCAGUGUGUUACCAAAGAGACUGCAAAAGCAGUAGAGGAACUUUCCUUUGCGAAGAAAAUGUACAAUCUCAUGGUCGGAAAAGUCAGCAACUUUGUUCAAUUGGAAUCAUUUAUCAAAAAAGAAGCGAGCUCUGGAAACAAAAAGGUGGAAAAGAAGAUUCAGCGGGGAAUUUUGAAUUACUCGCUGAUUGACACGAACAACAAUCACAUUUUUAAAAAGAUGUCACUUUCGAAUACGAUCAAGCGGGCUCUCUCUGCCUCGCCCAAGGUCUUGGCCGCUGAUAACCCCAAGUUCUACGCCAUGGUUUUGGACUUUACUCAGUCCUCCGCUGAUAUUCUCGAGAAGGAGCUUCUCAAGCAGAAUGAGCUCAAGAUCGGUCAUGAUCUCCAGAUGCGGGAGGACCAGGUCAAGGCCAUGGAACGAACUGUUGACCAGAAAAAGAAGACCAUCGAAGGCAUCUUCGACUUCAUGCUUCCCUGCAAGUCCAUCAUCGAGACCAACUUCCGAGUUCGAAUGGACGACGGUUCCCACAAGGUCUUCUCUGGCUACCGAGCUCAACACUCUCACCACCGACUCCCCACCAAGGGUGGCAUGCGAUACGCCCCCGACGUCGACAUGGACGAGGUCAAGGCUCUCGCCGCUCUUAUGACCUGGAAGUGCGCCGCUUGCGACGUUCCCUUCGGUGGUGGAAAAGCCGGUAUCACUCUCGACUCGAAGGCUUACUCCGUUGCCGAGUUGGAGCGAAUCACCCGAGCCUUUGCUCAGCAAUUGAACAAGCACGGUUUCCUCGGACCCGCCGUCGACGUCCCUGCCCCAGACAUGUACACUGGUGAGCGAGAAAUGGCCUGGAUGGCCAACGAGUACCAGCGAUUGAACCCAACUGACCUCAACGCCCCUGCCUGCGUCACUGGCAAGCCCAUCUCCCAGGGUGGUGUCCAUGGUCGAGUUUCUGCCACCGGACGAGGUGUUUUCCAUGGAACCGAUCUUUUCAUCAACAACCAGAAAUACUGCGACAUGAUUGGCCUUACUACUGGAUGGGAAGGCAAGACUUUCGUCAUGCAGGGAUUCGGAAAUGUUGGCUUCCACUCUGCCCGAUACUUCGCUCGAAAGGGAGCCAAGUGCAUUGGUAUCUCCGAGUACAACGGUGAUCUUUUCAACGAGAACGGCAUCGACAUUCUCGACCUCGAAGACUACAAGCUUAAGAACGGCGGUUCCAUCGUUGGCUAUCCCGGGGCCCGAGCUUGGAAUGCUGAGACUGAAGGUCCUCUUAUUGAGGCCGAGUGCGAUAUCCUCGGUGUUUGCGCUAAGGAGAAGGUCAUCACUGCUGACAACGCCCACAAAAUCAAAGCCAAGAUCCUCUCCGAAGGUGCCAACGGACCCAUCACUCCCAAGGGACACGAAAUCCUCGUCAAGAACAACCAGCUCGUCAUCCCCGAUCUCUACCUCAACGCUGGUGGUGUCACCGUCUCCUACUUCGAAUGGCUCAAGAACCUCAACCACGUCUCUUACGGUCGACUCACCUGGCAGUUUACUGAGGACCAGAACAGAGCUAUCCUUGGCUCCGUUGCCCAGUCCCUCGCCGCUGCCGGCCAAAACAUCCCCAUCAAUGCCAGUGAAGAACUCGAGAAAUCCAUCCACGGCGCUUCUGAAAAGGACAUCGUCCACUCUGGCCUCGCCUUCACCAUGAAAAGAGCUGGUCUUAAAAUCAUGGAAACUGCCGAUGAAUUCAACCUUGGCCUCGAUGUCAGAACCGCCGCCUACAUCUCCUCGCUUAGAAAAGUUUACGAAGUCUACUCCCAGGCCGGCUUCAACUAA